UUCAGUUUCUCUCUCUCUCUCUCUCUCUCUCUCUCUCUCUCUCUCUCUCUCUCUCUCUCUUCAGUUUCUUUGUCCCUUGAGGAAGUAGCAGCUCUUAUCUUUAGCUCCACAGUACCUUGUCUCCUCCAGGGCUCCAGACAGGGCGACACUCCCCUACCCCGACAGUAUGGAGAAUGGUCAGCAGUAUAGAAGUCAGUAUGGAUCCCCCCAGCACAUCCCAGCUCCCUCCUACCCCAUCCCCCCAGCGGCCUACGGCGUACAGGGAGGUGACAGGGGUGGAGCCUACCCCCCUCAGCCUGGCUUCCAGAGAGGUGACAAGGGUGGAGCCUACCCCCCUCAGCCUGGCUUCCAGAGAGGUGACAAAGGUGGAGCCUACCCCCCUCAGCCUGGCUUCCAGGGAGGUCCCCAAGCAGGCAUGUACCCACCACCUCCCCAAUACGACAUGGGCAUGGCACAACCUACAAAUCCCCCUGGGGUAACCCAGGUGGUGAUGCAGCAGCCGCUGCUAAGAGACGUACCCGGCCAGAUGACGUGUCCCCACUGUCAGGUCCAGGUUCUGACAGAGACCACACACGUCGCCGGGUGUCUCGCCUGGCUCAUCUGUGGAGUCCUCUUCUGCUUCCUGUGCAUGAUAUUCUCUUGCAUUCCGUUCUGUGUUGACUCCUGUAAGGACGUAGAACACCGCUGCCCCAACUGCAAGACAGUGAUCUACAUCCACAAACGCAUGUGAACAGACCUAGACCUGCCACCUGCCACAAAGUGAUCCACAUGCACAACUAGCCCAACCCCGGCCCACAGACACUUCUGCCACAAAGUGAUUCUUACCUAUAUUCAUCUAUUCCAGUAGUGUUGAUCCUCUUAGGGAAACUGCAAACCCAGUUUAAUGCACCAGGAUUGGAAAGACAAAUCACUACUGCAGUACCAGCUUUUCAUCUACUGGGAAUGUGUGACAGGGUAUUAUUAUAGUCAUAAUUUACUAUAUCGUAAAAAUUCAUGAAAACAAAAUGUGCUUCUUGGUCUUAAUUUCAGGUUAAGGUUAGGUAUUAUGGUCAGCAGUGUGGUUAUAUUUGAUGACUUUGUAGCUGUGCCAACUCUACAGAGCUGCCUCCAGGGCAAGAUUCAUGACAAUAAAUGCCAACCUGCCCCUAAUUAGGGGGAACAGGUUAAAGAGUAGACAGCCAUACAAAUGUACGUGCAAAGACCACGUUUAAUAGGUUUUUAUACUAAUUGUAAUGAAGUUUUCAAUUAAAACAGAACGUAUUGUUCUUUGCAAUGAAUAACGGUCAAGUUAGUCCCACUGUAGCUCAGUUGGUAGAGCAUGGCGCUUGCAACGCCAGGGUUGUGGGUUCGAUUCCCACGGGGGGCCAGUAUGUAAAAAUGUAAUAAAAAUGUAUGCACUCUACUGUAAGUCGCUCUGGAUAAGAGCGUCUGCUAAAUGACUUAAAUGUAAGUUUAUUGAUUGGUUGUUUGCUUUAAAUGAUUGAUGAAUAACAAGGAUUUGAAUCAUCUCAAUAAUGA